UGAACGACAUCAAGACAUCAGUCGGAGAACACCGCCAUUUCAUAGCUGGUGCACUGCUCUUGCCGAAUAGUCAGUCAAUGAUUCGCCACCUCGAAGAAUCUUGUCUGUCUUGGUAGAUUCUAAUAGCGGUUCUAUCAAACAUCCAUCCGUGUCGCGUUGCUUGGGCGGCUCGUGAGUGCAGUUGGCAGAGCCAUGCCUGCGCUUUUAGAACUUGCCGUACGGGCUCUGGAGGUCUUCGGUGGAUUUGAUAAUGGCAGAGAUCAAAUCCCUCUGCGAGGAGAGGUUCAUGGCGUGAAGUCUACACCAACGGCAUCAAAAACAUCCAUUCCAGACUACUUCCAAACAACAGAUCAUCAUUUUGCUGGACCUACACAAACAGGUGCAGCACCGUGGCUUGCUCAGACCAAUCUCGCACCCUUCGCGGGAGUGUCUUACAUACCGAAUGCUCCUCUGGAGACCCAAAUUCCCGUGCCAGGAAACACUAAAAACCAAAACAUCUUCCAGAGUCUUGCCAACCUUUCCCCUUACUUCCCUCAUCCGGAUGGCUUUGGCGUCAACGAAUAUCCCAUACCCCCGGGCUCCAACGUCUCCUGGUUAAACAUGGUUCACCGCCAUGGCAGUCGAUAUCCCGAGUUCAGCGGCAGAGCACCAGAACGAACGCUUGGUGCUAAGAUCAUGGCUGCAAAAGGAAACUUCACAGCUCAUGGGCCAUUGUCGUUUCUCAACUCGUGGGAAUUCCUACUAGGUGCCGAGAUAUUGGUUCCUAUCGGUAAACAGGAGUUGUUCAACUCUGGAACUCUGCACUACUACCAGUACGGACAUUUGUAUCCCAACAAUGGAAGUAAGAUUAUUGUGAGAAGUACGACGCAGCAGAGGAUGCUGGAAAGUGCAGAAUACUUCCUAGCUGGGUUCUUUGGUUUGGGGUGGACUGGGAAUGCCACUCUGGAAUUGGUGAUUGAGGAGGACGGACUGAACAAUACUAUGGCCGGGUAUAAGGGCUGCGAGAACUCAAAUUGGGAUGUUGGUUACAAUGCUACCAUGACAUGGGCCAACGUGUACCUUCAAGAUGCACAUAAAAGAAUAACGGAGAACCUCGAAGGGAACCUGGACUGGACAGUGGAAGAUACUUAUAAUGCACAGGCUCUCUGUGCGUAUGAGACCGUCGGCCUUGGGUUCUCUUCAUGGUGCGGUUUCUUUACCUUUGAGGAAUGGGAGGGCUUUGAGUACAGUCUGGAUGUUGGGUUCCACGCUGGCGUGGGUUGGGCUUCCCCAGUGGGACGAGCUAUCGGUAUAGGCUACGUCCACGAAGUCCUCGCCCGCCUCCACCACCACACCAUAACCAAGCCAACUGCACAAAUCAACCUCACCCUCGACAACAACACGCACACCUUCCCCACCCACCAAACCCUCAACCUCGACUUCUCCCACGACGCAAACAUCAUCAGCAUCCUCGUCGCCUUCGGCCUCACCCAGUUCAGCGGCCACAUGCCCCUGACCCACAUCCCACCCUCCCGCAAUUUCAUCCUCUCCCACCUCGAGCCCUUCGCCGGCAGACUCGAUAUCGAACUCAUCCACGCCCCCGCACCCGUCAACCCCAACCGUACCGUCCCCGCGGAUCAAAUCUACCUCGACGGCGGCGGCCCCACGAACUACGUCCGCUUCGUGCUCAACCAGCGCACCAUCCCGCUAGGGAAGAGCCUCGAGGAGUGCGGGGAUAGGGACGACGGGUGGUGUGAGAUUGACGCCUUCUACACUGCACAGAAGAGGCAGAUCGAGCGUGUGGACUUCGACUUCGCGUGUUUCGGGGAGUAUGAUAGGGGGAGGUAUGGGGAUGUUACGGAUGGAAGGCCCCCUGUUGAUCGGGAGGUGGAGAAAGGGGAGGUUGCUGAGGGAAGGGAGAAGGGAGCGGAGUAGAGUCAAGGCGACACAUAUAAGAUACACAGACCAUGGGGUUGAUUGAACUUUGUAUAUUUUACAUAACUUGACUCGGUAUAUGAAGAGUCCCUGAUGUUUCUGGUGCUGACGCCGGGACUAUUGGCAGCAUAGUCCCCUGGGUUGCAAGCUUAAACUAUCG